UUUUAGCUCACAGGUUUGUGCAAUUUAAAAAGAUAAUAUAAUUGGAAAUUAAUCAGACGAAAAGAAAAGUCAUAAAUGGAAAUCAUAAUGGAUUUUUUUUUAAAAUGGAAACUGUAAUCUAAAAAAUCCCACUAGAAUUAGGGACCGACAAAGAGUCUCUACUAUAAAUAUAUGAGACUAGACCAUUAAAUCAUCGAUACAAUUUCUUUCACAACAACAAAGAGAGAAAAACAGAAACCACCAGAUUUGAUUUUUAUUGUUUUUGUUUUAUAAUCAUGUCUAAACCUAUACGCUUGGAUUACAAUCACAAAAUCACACACGAUCCUGAACCAGAAGAUGCGGGCACAAUUAGAAUCAAUGCAAGGGUCUUCCGUGAAGCUGAUAUCUUGACAUACACGACGUUUUCGUUUCCCGACGAACUCAUCAACGAUGAAUGUCAAAGCAAAGUGGUUUUGAUUCAUCUCUUGAAGGAAGCUGGGAUGAGCGACUACGAUACUGCACAUAUGAUGUAUCACUUUAUUGGUUAUGUUGCUGAAAUAACUUCUUCCGCAAGUGAAGGGUAUUCUCCAGGGUGUGCUUUAGAAGUGUCGUUGGAUCUUCUUCUUAUCGAUGAGAGUUAUAUUGAAGAAGCGGUAAUUAAAGUCUCGUUAGAGUACGAAAUCAAACAGGAUCUUGAACCAGAAGAUGCCGGCACAAUCAGAGUCGAUGCAUUGAUCUUCUGUGAAGAUGAUAUCUUGACUUUCACGACUUUGUCCUCUGCCAACGAAUUCAUAAUCGAUGAUCGUGACGAGUGUCGAAGCAAAGUAGACUUGAAUGAUUUCUUGAAAGAAGCAGGGAUUAGCGACCACAGUAUUCAACUUGCGAUGUAUCAAAUUGACUAUGUUGCUCAAAUAACUUCUUCCGCAAGUAAUGGGUAUUCUCCAGGGUGUGCUUUACAAGUGUCGUUGAAUCUUUUUCCUCACGACGAGCCUCAUGAUAUCGAAGAAGUGGUUCAAGUCUCGUUUGACGAGACCGCUAAUAUCUGUUUGGGACCAGCAAGCAAGCUCGUGGUCAAGUCCUUAACCAGGGAAAUAUACGACAAGAUUAAUUAUACAGGCGAAAGAUGCACAAUUUGUCUGGAAGAGUUUAACAAUGGAGGAAGACUUGUGGCUUUACCUUGUGGACAUGACUUUGACGAUGAGUGUGCCGUAAAGUGGUUUGAGACCAAUCACGUUUGUCCACUGUGUCGUUACGAGUUGCCAUGUGAAGAAGAGCAAUGAUGAACUAGUCUUUAAAAUUAAAACUAUGAUAGAAUUUUUACGAGCUUUUCUUCUAAUCAUUCUACAACAAAAGUGUUAACAAUAAACCGGUAACAUACUCUUUCGAUAAAUUUUUGUGAUCCUUAAUGCUUCGGACUAGAAAUUACAAAAAAGUUCAGUUUGUUUUGUAUAACUAACCGGCAUAUAGAAACAAGUCCAACU